CGUCACGUCAAAUGUCACUUGUCAAAAUCAGGGAGUUAUCGACAAUUUUUCUAGAAAAACAAAUAAUCUCAUUGUGAAACAGUUCGAAAUGUCUGUAAACACGGCUCAUAUAAACGGCGGCGUUUUAAUACACGCCGGUGAGCGGAUUUUGCUAUUCGCCGACGACGUCAGCAUCGAAUGGUCGGGUCAGGGGGACCCCACAUUCAAGGGCACCAAAACCGGCCGUUUCUACCUAACCACUCAUCGACUCAUCUUCAACAACAAGAAUGGCAACGACGCAAUGCAGAGUUUCAGUUUCCCAUUCGUAACUUUGAGUGAGGUGGAGAUUGAACAACCGGUCUUUGGGGCGAAUUACAUCAAGGGGAAAGUCCGGGCUCAACCAAACGGCAACUGGAUUGGGGAAGCCAAGUUCAAGUUCACUUUCAAGCGCGGGGGGGCCAUCGAUUUCGGACAAGCGAUGCUCAAAGCUGCCUAUUUGGCGACGCGAGGAAUGAACAACGACGCCCCACCACCGUACGUCCCCCCCAAUACCGAAUGGUAUGCGGCUCCACCUCCAGCUUACGCCCCGCCUCCUGAGGGUUACUACGGUUGGGUGCCACCCCGUCAACAAUUUCCUGAUAAUCCGCCGACGGAUGGAGUUUACAUGACACAAGCGCCACCCCCGUAUCCGGGUCUAAACCCCGCCUAUCAACCGGGAGGGUAUCCGCCCCCGCAAGGUGGUUAUCCACCCCAAGGGGGUUAUCCACCUCAAGGGGGCGCGGCUGGAUUUGCCUCACCUGCAGAUGCGAAGGCAGCCGAGGCCGCACAAUCGGCCUACUAUGAUCCGAAUCGGCCACAGAUGGCGUUCGUGCCCCCACCAGCGUAUUAUGAAAAUCCACCGAGUUACAGCCAAGCCACUAAUAAGAAAGAACAGUGAUUCGGUCACUUGUCACUAAAAAUUAUCAAUUGUUUUCAAUGUUUUUAUUCAAUUUAUUGUAAAAGUAUUAUUUAUGAGAUAUUUUUUGAAAUUGUUGCAUCAUUCCAUUGUUAAGUCCACGAAAUAAUGCAUGCUUUUUCUUAUAGCAAUGCUUUUGCAAUAGUGUUAUAAGGCACAUUUUCGCUUGGAAAUAAUGUAUAGUUGAGAGUGUUGUAAUAUAAUUAUUCUUAUAACGUGUAGAUAGAUCUGUAUAAUUCAAAUAAAGUAUUUUAUGUGCA